AUGCCCCCUCAGCCAGGUGUAUUCCCCAUAUCCCACAGCACAGGCUCCUCCCACACACAAUCAGUCAUCGCUCCAGCACCACACGCCUCUGGCGGACUCGUCGGAGGUUCAUCGCAUCCCCAGCAGCACCAGCAGCAACACCAACCGCAUUCACGCGGGAACCAACAUUCUACUCACCAGACCGCAGCAGCGUCGAGCUCUAAACACGGUGGCUCGAUGGAAGACGGGCGAAAAGAAAAGAAGAGGAAGGAGUCCUCAAAAUUCGGAAAGGAUAUGAGUGAUCGGAGAGACGAUGGGCGACACUUCACGGAAAGCAUAUCUGCCCUCCAUAACUCCGCCCACAUCCUUUCAACACGUCCAGAGAUGUCCAAUAUGUUCCUCUUACGAUUAUACCCACUUUCACUGGAGCGUUCAGCGCUCACUGCCCAGCUUGAGAAUGAGGAGCGUUAUUCGCUCGACUGUGCCCAAGUCGCAUACGAGGAAGAACGCGACCGGGUUGAAGAAGAAUGGAAACGAGGUAGAGAACGAGUUCGAGAAAGGCUUCUCGAAGGCAUCGAGGAGAGACGAAGACGAGCGAGAGAGGAGAAAGACGGCGAAGGGAUCGUUGGAGAUGCCGCACUCGACAUGCACUCACGACCACCUAUAACACGGAAGCUGCGCAACAAGCUGGGCACAUCACCUCCCCCAACACCCCAUAACGGGUCUCACAUCAACGGCUCCGCCCACGCCUCCAGUUAUCCCAUCACCAACUUCCAUAACUCUUCUGGAAUCCCAAACGGCAGCGGUCUGCCAUCUAAUCUGCCUAUAACUACCGGCCCCUUCCUAAAUCCUCAUUCAUUGUCGGUGGAUGACCUGCCAUCGCCAUUCCCUCUUCCUCUAACAUCAACACACUUGCCCCAGUCGAGUGGCUCAAAUGGUGCUGCUCUAGGUGGUGCUGGUGGUGCAGCCGGCGGCGCUGGCGCACAAGGCGGGGGCGGCAGAAGAAGAGUAAAAGGUGGAGGAGCACACCAAGGCCAAGCCGUGGGUGGCCUGGGCAAAUCUUUGCUCGUUUUGAACACGAUACGGGACAACGACCUCGAGGCAGACCUUGGGGAGAUCCGGAGAGGAAACAAGAGACGGAGAGCUACGGCAGCCGCUACUUCAGCGCGGGGAGUGAUAUGA